AUGGCUACCUGUAUGAUGGACUCGGAAUGCAGAGAUGCUGUUAUGUGUAUAAACCCGUGCGGCUCCAACCAAACCUGCGUUUUCAUCUGCCUCAGCUCUUACGCAGACGCCAAAUUCGACGCCUUCAUGAAAUGCGCGGUGACCGAUAACCAAUGCGUGGUGCUGACGCCGCCAGAUCACCCUGUUCAAUGUCGCAAACCCACCUCGGUGUUCACCAGCUUCACGCUGGCGGAUAUCCAAGGGCCAUGGUACAUCGUAAAGGGGAAGAACCCUAUAUACGACUGCUUUGACUGUCAGAUUUCCACUUACACCAGUGGUUCUCUGCCGUAUCGGGGCAGCGUACGGGAACAAUACGACGCCAGAACGGUUAACGGCAGCGUCAGACGUCUGGAAGUAACGGAGACCGUAAUUCAGAGAAACCCAAUGAAUGGCGGAGUUUUGAACUUUAACAGCACUCAGGAUGGACUAGACCACCAAGAAGAGUUUAGAGUGUUGGACUACUCCCAGAAUCACGGCUAUAUCUUCAUGUACUACUGUGGGGGAACGGGGGCCUGGAUGUACGAGGGAGCCAUUCUCUAUUCACGGACCCCACAACUGACGCCAGAAGCAAUGCAACAGGUGACGUCAUCAGCAGCUGCGCAUGGAUACAGUUUUGGUGACUUUUGUUCCCCUCGGACAUCUGACUGUAUCUCCAAGUGA